AUGGAAAACUUGGACACUGAAGCUAAUGAAUUAAACCUGGAUGAUGAUAGUUCGAUAUAUACUCCUCAAGUAUCAGAUGAGUUGAGGCCAAAAAAGGGGCAAGAAUUUAACACAAUAGAUGAUGUUGUAACAUUCUACAAUGCUUAUGCUAAAGCAGCUGGGUUUAGCGUAAGGGCUUGGACUACUCAGAAAGAGCCUGGAAGUGGAAAGAAUCCCACAUUUACUUUUCAUAUUGAGGCUGAUGAGGAACAAAAGAUUACUCGUUGUUUUUGGUCCGAUGCAAGUUCAAGGCGGGCUUACAAUUUUUUCAAUGAUGUUGUAAUCUUUGAUACUACUUAUAACACUAAUCGCUAUGGCCUGAUAUUUGCACCAAUAAUGGGGGUUAACAAUCAUGGUCAAAUAAUUGUUUUUGCUUGUGGAUUUUUGAAUCAUGAGAGUGUUGAUGAUUUUGUAUGGUUAUUUAAUAAAUUUUUGGAAAGUAUGUCUGGUGGUGCCUCAAAGAUGAUUAUUACCGAUCAAGACCCAGCUAUGACAAAGACAUUCCCUAAUGUUCUUCCAAAUACUUUUCACAGUUGGCAUAUAUUAAUGAAGUUUUCUGAGAAAAUUGAUGUAGUGAAGUAUAGUAUUUAUAAAAGUGAGUUCUCGGCUUGCAUUUGGAAAUCAGAGACUCCUGAAGAAUUUGAUUUACAAUGGGAAAGUUUGAUUAAGAAAAGUGGGUUAGAAGGAAACAGGUGGUUGCAAGACCAAUAUGAACUUCGGUCAAGAUGGAUUCCUACAUAUGUUAAUCACAUUUUCUCAGUAGACAUGUCAAGUAGUCAACGAGCGGAAAGUGGACAUGCAUUCUUUAAGAAAUUUAUUUCGAAGAAUAAUUCAUUGGUUGAUUUUAUGAUACAGUUUGGCAGGGGAUUAGUGCGCCAACGACAUGAGGAGUUGAUGGCCGAUCACAAAGAUGUAAUUGAGAAACCUAAACUUAGAAUAAAUCAUGACUUUUUGGAGCAAAUGGUUGAUAUUUACACGAAUGAGAUCUAUUACAAGUUUGAGGCUGAAGUGUGUGACAACUUUAACUACAAGUUACAGACUACUGAAGAGCCAUACUGUCUGACUGGUUUCACUAAAUUAGAUAUUGUGGUUAUGUACAAUGUAGUCGGCCUAAUUCUUGUGGCUGAUGUAUGGGGUCCUCUUCUUCUUACCCUUGUGAUCUACCGAUCUGAGGGUAUCCAAGAAAAUGUGAUAGUGGCAGAGGAGCUCCCAGAGAGUUUCCUCCACCUGAGGGGCUUGCUCACAGAGGUGAUUGAUUUUCUGCUGGUUAGGGAUGUACUCUUUAUAUGGGAGCUCCCUAAUCAAAAGUCCGGACACUUCAUACAUCUCAUAGAGUGCCAAACCCAACUCCCUGUUUGGCGUGAAGAAUGUGCCACGGUCCAGGCAGUAGAGUUCCAGAAUGCUGAGGAGCAGGGGAUCAUUGAUCUUUAG